AUGAAUAUUUUGCUAGAGAUCCUCCUCAUUGCUGCUUGCAUUCUGGGCCUGAGCAUCAGCAUGUGGGUUCUCAUGGAGCAUUUCCGCACUGCACACCUGCCUUCUGCCAUCAGCCAUCCAGUGAAGCUUCAGAUUCUGCACUGCAUCCUGCUGCUGGUGGUAACAUGGGGAAACAUACUUGAGAAGCUGAAAAUUUGCUCCAUGCCCCACUUUUGCUGUUUUUUACAAGACAUAUUUGUAGUAAAGGAAAAUCUUAAUGUGGUGGUGACUGACCUGCGCUUUGGGACAAUCCCUGUGAGGCUCUUCCAGCCCCAAACAGUGUCCUCCAGCCCCCGGCGAGGCAUUGUCUUCUACCAUGGAGGAGGAGCAAUGUUCGGCAGCCUGGAUUCUUACCACAACCUGUGCAGUUUCCUGUCCCGGGAGACGGACUCUGUGGUGCUGUUGGUGGGGUACCGCCAACUUCCUGACCACCAUCACCCUGUUCUUAUCCAAGACUGCCUGACUGCCACAGUCCACUUCCUCAUAAACCUGAGUGCCUAUGGGGUGGACCCUUCCCGGGUGGUGCUCUGUGGGGAUAGUAUGGGAGGAUGGGCUGUGGUAAUGGUCAUUCAGGCCUUGGUGAACAGAACAGAUCUCCCCCACAUCCGGGCUCAGAUUCUGAUUUAUACAGUUAUCCAGUGCAUUAAUCUCCAGUUACCAUCCCAUCAGCAGAACAAAAAUGUCCCACCAUUCACUCAAGAGUUCAUGUUGAUGUGUGUGUGUAAAUAUUUUGCCAUUGACUUCUCAUGGAGAGAAGCCAUGUUGAGCGGUGCUUGUAUACACCCAGAUCACUGGAAGAAGUACAGAAAAUGGCUCAGCUCUGACAACAUCCCCAAAAGAUACAAGAAGAAAUACCAUGAGGCCCCAUUUCCUGGGCCUUUUGACGAGGCUGCUUAUUUGGAAACAAAACAAGCAUUAGACGUAAAAGUCACACCCAUCCUUGUAGAUGAUGAGAUCAUAGCUCAACUUCCUGAGGCCUUCCUGGUGAGCUGUGAGAAUGAUAUCCUCCGCGAUGACACCUUGCUCUACAAAAAGCGCCUGGAAGACCAGAAGGUCCCCGUGAGCUGGUACCAUGCAGAGGAUGGCUUUCAUGGAUGUGUGUCUUUAUUUUCUAACAAGGUUUUCUCCUUCCCAUGUACCCAGAAUAUCAUGAAUGCAGUAGUCAGUUAUAUAAAGGGCGUGUGA